AUGCCAAUCUCCGCACACAAAUCACAUCGCACUGUGUACGGAACUAUGGCAACACUAAAACCGCCUUUCACCUUCGAGUCGGCAACGAGCAAGGUUAAAGCCGCCCAGAACCUGUGGAACACUCGAAAUCCUGAGCAGAUAGCCAGGGCUUACACCGCAGACUGCAUCUGGCGCAACCGUACUUCAUUUCUACGCGGCACAGAGGAUAUCAUAAAAUUCCUGACCGCAAAAUGGAAUAGAGAGAAAUCAUACCGGUUACGGAAAGAGCUAUUUUCCUUUACCGAUAAUCGCAUCGCCGUGCAGUUCUGGUAUGAGUUCCAGGACGCCGAAAAUGGAAAUAGAUGGACGAGAUGUUACGGUCUGGAGGAUUGGACCUUUGACAAGGAUGGGAAAAUGGAAAAGCGGAUGAUGUCUGGCAAUGAUUUGAUUUUGGGACCGGAUGGAGAUGGAUCUGGACGGUGGUUCGUUGAUGGGGUUGAUGUUGAUGAGGCGCAAAUCGGGCCUGAGCAUUGGUGA